CUGAAUGGUUAAGAGAUUUGCCUCUGAAUGGUUAAGUAUUAUACAGAGUCUGAAUGGUUAAGACCUCUUAUCUGAAUUGAUCAGACAUUUGCCUCUGAAUAGUUAAGCAAUAUACUAGCUCUUAAUGGUUCAGACCUCUUACUGGUUCAGCACUUAAUGGUUCAGACCUCUUACUGGUUCAGCACUUACCCAUUCAGAAGUUGGCAAACAGCCCCUACAUAGAGUUGUGAGUUCUAGACUUUUUCAAGUUUAACUCGAAAAAAUCAAAUAUUGUGACGGGAUAGUAUUAAAGGAUUCAUUCUCGUGUGGAAAUAACAAUUCCUUGAAUUCCGCCCAAUAUAAACUUCGUCCCGAGUAUUUAAUUGAAAUAAUUAAAAAUAAACUCCCAAGAGUCAAUUUGCUUCCACUCCCACCUGUCCUUCAUCUCAACAAAGUGAACAAACCAACCAAGCGUUUCCCCCUUCCCAUUUCUUCUCCAAUCUGCUGCCAAAAUUUCUCCCACCCAAAACAGAAUAAAACAAAAAACAGGCAAAAAUCCAAAAUAGAAAAAAAAUGAGAACCAGCAACCAUUUGAUAGGGGUGAUAAACUUCCUGACAUUACUAGCGUCAAUCCCGAUUUUGGGCGGCGGGAUAUGGCUGAGCGGCAGGGCGAACUCCACAGACUGCAUGAAGUUCCUCCAAUGGCCGCUCAUAGUCAUCGGAGCCUCGAUUAUGGUGGUUUCUCUGGCCGGAUUCGCCGGAGCCUGCUACCGGAACACUUUCCUCAUGUACGUCUACUUGUGGGCCAUGUUCCUCGUCAUCGCAGCCCUAAUCGGAUUCGUCAUCUUCGCCUUCUCCGUCACCGACAGGGGUUCGGGUCGACCCGUCAUGAACCGCCGCUAUUUGGAGUAUUACCUCCCGGAUUACUCGGGGUGGCUCGCGGAGAGGGUCACCAGUCAGGCGUACUGGUCCAAGAUCAGCUCCUGUAUUAGGGAUUCUCACGCUUGUAAAAGGAUCCGAAGGUCCAUUAAUGGCUUCCCUGAGUCUGCUGAUAUGUUUUACUUCCGGCAUCUCACCCCUAUUGAGUCUGGAUGUUGCAAGCCGCCAACGGCAUGUCUCUUCGUUUAUGGGAACGAGACGUAUUGGAACGUGGGACCAGGGACCAUUGCAGCCGACCCAGAUUGCCAGAGGUGGAGCAACGAUCAACAACAACUAUGCUAUAACUGCGACUAUUGCAAAGCCGGCAUACUAGCCAGCCUCAAGAAAAGCUGGAGGAAGGUGUCUGUGAUCAACAUCGUCAUACUGAUCAUCCUGGUGAUCUUGUACGUUGUCGCCUGCGCGGCUUUCAGGCACGACCAACGUAUGGACAAUGAUGAGGCUUAUGGUACUGCCAGAAUGGAGAAGGAACGCCCGGCGAGGAUACAUUUCUAGGGGAACAGGGUAGAGACUAAAAGUUGGUUCAAAAU